UCAUGGGGCCCCCGGGCAAUAGGGGAUCAUGGGGCCCCUGUGUCCUUGCCCAAACUCAAAAAAGCCUAUGAAAAAGGUACCAGGGGCAUCUCAUGGGGCCCCCUACUGACCCCGGGCCCUCGGGCAGUGCCCGAGUUUCCAAAUGGUCAGUCCGCCCCUGGCUGGGACAAUGCUUACAAAGUCUCAGUGGAAUGCUGUCAGCGACAGGACUAUAUAUGCAUUCCAGUAGUAGAGGUGCAUUGCAAUAGAAAAAGAAAACUAACAACUGGUGAUUGGGUUAAUUUGUCUUUGUUAGAACAUUUGUGAUGUGC